UAUCAUUUGAAUAAAAAGAUUGAAACAAAUAAGUGGUUCAUUUCAUUCCCUAUAUAUAGUGGUAUUUCAACGCUGUAUGACUUAAUCAGUGAUUCAUGACACAAAAGUGAGUGUCUUCAUUGAUUCCCAGUGUCGUUAGGUCGAUUAAUUUGUGCGUACAACUGGUCAUUAUUCAGCAUAAAAAUGGAAUUAUUAAUUAAAUUUUUACUUGGUGUAUGUCUUUUCACUAUUGCUGAAAGUGGAUUGACAAGAAGUACACGUUGCAAUACAGAUUGCUCCGAUGAAUAUAAGCCUGUUUGUGGUCAAGACAGAAAAUACGAACCUCGAACAUUUAAAAAUUUAUGUUUGUAUGAAUUAGAAAAAUGCCGAAGUUCAUAUAGCCGCUGGAAUUUAAUUAAUGAAAAUGGAGAAUGUGUGUAUGAAAAAGUCACCGAUCCAGAUCCCGAAUGCCAAGAAGAUUACAGAAAUUGUAACAUCCACAUACAAAAUCCAAUCUGUGGUCAAAAUGAAAAGGGCGAAUACAAAGAAUUCAAAAAUAUUUGUUUAUUUAAACGUAAUCAAUGUGACAAAGAACACACAGAUAAUUGGGAAAUUUAUAAAAAGGGAUCAUGUCCAAACGGUUUAGCUACUCAAGCUCCUCCGAGAAAACAUCAUUGUCCGAACAAUUGUUCCGAAGAAUUCGAACCAAUUUGUGGCCUUUUACCAGAUACAAACGAGAUACGUGUAUUCAAUAAUAAAUGUUUUUAUGAUCAAAUCCUCUGUGAAAAUUCGAAUUGGAAGAUAAUGGAUGACCAAGAAUGUAAGCAAUUUAUGUCCAAUGGUGAUCAACCAAUUUGUGGCGAAUCGAAUGGAAAACAAAAGAAUUUCAAAAAUUAUGCAACAUUUUUAUUGAAACAGACUGUUGAUCCAAAUGGUAAUUGGAAAGUUGUAAAUAAUGGAAAAUGUGCGCGGUCAUCUUCACCCAAUUGUUUUAGUAAAUGUACAAAACUUUUUCGUCCAAUCUGUACCAUCGACAAUGAGGGCAAUCUAAAACAAUUUCCUAACAUGUGUUCUUAUAUCUAUAAUAACUGUAUUGAUCCGUCAAAAGGUUUGACUAUGUAUCGAAAAGGAACUUGUCCUAAUGAACGAUCUAAGCGGCGCGUCUUUUUACAUGACGAACGAUUACCACUGUCAUGUUUUGGUGUUUGCAGUUUUCAAUACGCUCCAUUCUGUGCAAUAAGUAGCGCUGGACAAUUACGAACAUUUGUUAAUGAAUGCGAACACGAUUUCGAAGUUUGUAACAAUCGUGAUUGUGUGUGGAAGAAAAUGCAUGAUGGACCAUGUUCUGAACUUUUCGAAUCAUCGAAUAAUAUUUAAAAUGAUAAUUCUAGAUAAAAUGGAAUUGUUUAAAAAUGACUAUUACUUCGAAAAAUCCAUUAGGUAUUGAAGCAGAAUAAAACU